AUGGCGGAAGAGGCCGAUGCCACGGUGAAGGAGCCUCUGGACCUGAUCAAGCUCAGCUUGGACGAGCGAGUAUACGUGAAACUGAAGGGGGACAGAGAGCUGCGCGGCAAGCUGCACGCGUAUGAUCAGCACCUCAAUAUGAUCCUCGGGGAUGUGGAAGAGGUGGUGACCAGCGUGGAUAUCGAUGAGGAGACCUUUGAGGAGAUAGUCAGGACGAACAAGCGAAUGCUGCCCUACCUCUUCCUCAGAGGGGAUGGCGUCAUCUUGGUGUCACCGCCGCUCAGAUCAUAG